UGGGAACUUGGUGACAGCUAAAAGAUGCCACUCUUUGUUGCAGUGGAGAUUUCUUAACAGCCUUACCAUCUGCUGUGCCUUAAAGUCAGCUCUUGUCCUUCCAUGUUGGGAAUUUUGUGGUUUUCUGACUUCAACAUUUUUUCACCAGGUUCUAUGUACCAGCUGAGGACCUCUGAGGAAGAAGAAUACAGCAACGAAAUCUCCAAGCUCAGGCAGGCGGUGUUACAAAACAAUGACAUACUCCUUGACAACAUGCUCUGCCAGGAGAUUUACAAGAAAGUCAUCAACUGCAGAGGGGGAUGGGGCAUCGCAGGCACUCCCCUCCAUGCCGCCGUGUCUAAAGGCCACCUCAGCUGCCUGCAGGUUCUGUUGGCCCACGGCGCUUUUGUAGACACCAUAGACGUCAAAGCCCAAACGCCUCUUUUCAACGCAGUUCGCGGACGAUACCUGGACUGUGUCCUCGCCCUCCUUGGAGCUGGUGCCAACCCCAACGGAAGUAAGUCCAACAACAGCUCCCCGGUCCUCACCGCUGCCAGAGAGGGCGACGUGGAGAUCCUCAGGCAGCUGCUGGUUCACGGCGCCGAUGCGAACUCUCGUUGUAAGGUCCUGGUGUGGCCCUCCUACGUCAGGGUGACCAGCGGACCGCUCUACCUGUCUGCGGUUUACGGACACAUGGAGUGCUUUAGGCUGCUGCUCCUCUACGGCGCUGACCCCGAUUACAACUGCACUGACGCGACCUUCCACAGUCUAGGCAAGACGCCCAGAACGGUGCUGGAGAUGUGCCUCAGGUACGGCUGCGGCGUGGAGUACAUCCAGCUGCUGAUCGACUUCGGCGCGAAUGUCUACCUCCCUACGCUGAUCAUCGAGAAGUCCACGAAGCAGAACGAAGCAGUGGAGCUGCUCCUGAGUGAGAGAGGAACUCCCAAAGCCUUGACCUCACAGUGCCGACUUGCUGUGCGAAGACACCUGAAAAGCGUCAACAAGAUCCACUGCAUCGACAAGCUGGACAUGCCAACCAGUCUGAAACACUUCCUGCAGCAUAAAACAGUCCCUGUCCAUGUUCAGUAAAAGAAGAAAGUGUGCGUUA